AUGGACGGCUCCGGCGAGUGGGCCGCAGCCUACGCGAGGGCGCAACAGUUCGUCAGCCAGCUGACUCUGUUGGAGAAGGUCAAUCUUACGACCGGCGUAGGCUGGCAAGGCGAAGCAUGCGUCGGAAACGUAGGAUCUAUCCCUAGACUUGGGUUCCCGUCACUAUGCAUGCAAGACUCUCCUCUCGGCGUCCGUCUGUCCGAUUACAACUCCGCGUUUCCUGCCGGCGGCACGGUGGCUGCGUCCUGGGAUAGGGGUCUCUGGUACCGUCGAGGAUAUGAGAUGGGUAUGGAGAUGCGCGGCAAAGGCGUCGAUGUUCAGCUAGGACCUGUUGUCGGACCUCUUGGUCGAAACCCCGCAGGCGGCAGAAAUUGGGAAGGCUUUAGCCCGGACCCAGUACUUUCCGGCAUUGCCGUCGCGCAAACCGUCCAUGGCAUUCAAGACGCUGGUGUCGUCGCUACUACUAAGCACUAUAUCGGUAAUGAGCAAGAACAUUUCCGUCGAACAGCAGAAGCUACUAGUUAUGGUUUUAACAUCUCGGAGAGCAUAAGCUCUAAUAUCGAUGACACUACACUCCAUGAACUCUAUAUUUGGCCUUUCGCAGAUGCUGUUCGCGCCGGCACAGGGGCUAUUAUGUGCUCGUAUAACCAGAUUAACAACUCCUACGGCUGCCAGAAUAGCUACCUCCAGAACUAUAUCUUAAAGGGCGAGCUCGGUUUUCAAGGCUUUAUUAUGAGCGAUUGGGAAGCGCAGCAUUCCGGUGUUAGUAAUGCUCUAGCCGGUAUGGAUAUGGCUAUGCCUGGUGACGUCUAUUUCCUUGAUGGUGCCUCCUACUGGGGAGCCAAUCUGACGCUCGCUGUUAUCAAUGGAAGUGUUCCAGAGUGGCGUCUUAAUGAUAUGGCUACGCGUAUUAUGGCAGCCUAUUAUCUCGUUGGCCGAGAUGAGGCUUACGUGCCGACUAAUUUUAACUCCUGGAGUAGAGAUAUUUUCGGCUACCGUCACCCAGUACCUAGGCUAGGCUACGGCCAAAUCAACUACCAAGUCGAUGUCCGGAAUGAGCACGGUAGAAGCAUCCGUAACCAAGCAGCUCGCUCCACCGUCCUCUUAAAGAAUACUAAUGUACUCCCUCUCAGUGGCAAUGAGAAGUUUACCGCUGUAUUUGGCAGCGAUGCUACCGAAAACCCAUGGGGUCCGAAUGGUUGCCCGGACCGUGCUUGCGACAACGGCACAUUAGCAAUGGGGUGGGGAUCGGGAACUGCCGACUUCCCGUACCUUAUCACGCCUUUGGAAGCGAUCAAAAAUGAGGUUUUAUCUAAUAAUGGCAUUAUCCAGUCAGUCACCGACGACUACGCGUACAACCAGAUUUCUACACUUGCUGGUCAGGCAAGUCACGCUAUCGUCUUUGUCAAUUCCGAUAGCGGUGAAGGCUACUUAUCUGUGGACGGCAACGAGGGCGAUCGCCAAAACCUCACCUUCUGGCACAACGGAGAUACACUGAUCCAAAACGUUACCGCGCGUUGCAACAACACUAUCGUCGUGAUCCAUAGCACCGGGCCUGUUAUCACUAACAGCCUCGCCAAUAACCCUAACGUGACUGCCAUUCUGUGGGCUGGUCUGCCAGGUGAACAAUCUGGCAAUUCGAUUGCCGAUAUCCUGUAUGGUCGCAUCAACCCGGCCGGUAAGCUCCCGUUCACCAUUGGUUCCUCGCGCCAGGAAUACGGCAGCGACAUUUUGUACCAGCCCAAUAACGGCGGCGCCGCGCCACAGGACAACUUCUACGAGGGCAACUUUAUUGACUACCGCGCCUUUGAUCGCGCGGGCAUCGAGCCUGUCUUCGAGUUCGGCUACGGCCUCACGUACACCAGCUUCGAGUACUCCAACCUGAACGUCAUCUCCCGCAACGCAAGCCCGUACGUCUCAACGACCGGCCUGACUGCCGCGGCGCCCGUUCUCGGCAACUACAGCACCAAUCUGGCGGAAUACCAAUUCCCCGCCAACUUCAGCGCCGUGCCUCUCUACAUCUACCCAUACCUCAACGGCACCAACGCAACCCAGGCCGCCAACUCAAGCGACUACGGCCUGCCCACUGAACAGUACAUCCCCCCCGGCUCACGUGAUGGCUCACCCCAGCCACGCAUCGCAGCCGGCGGUGCGCCUGGCGGCAACCCGCAACUGUACGAUGUGCUGUUCACCGUCACCGCGACCAUCACGAACAACGGCACGCGCAACGGCGAGGAGAUCGCGCAGCUAUACGUCAAUCUCGGUGGACCGAACGAUCCGGUAAGGGUGCUGCGUAACUUUGACCGCUUGAGCAUUGAUACGGGCAUGAGCGCCACGUUUGUCGCGGAUAUCACGAGGAGGGAUCUUAGUAACUGGGAUACGAUUGCCCAGAACUGGUUCAUUUCUGGUUACCCGAAGACGGUGUAUGUGGGCAGUUCGAGCAGGAAUCUGCCGCUGUCUGGGAUGCUGGAGUUGUAG